AUGUCUAAUAUACUUGAUGCGGCGUCCAAAGUGAAAUGGGACCGUGCGGCUGCAGUGAGGCGAGCCGCGCUGCUUGCGGCCGCUGCCUACGGCGUGAAAACGCUGUACCCCAUCGUCUGCAAACAGAUGACGAGAAGAAAAGACUGCAGAAAUAACGUCCGCACCUCGAAAGCAGAAAAUGGGUCAACGUGUUUGGUAAAGUCCCACGCCGAUGGGCCGGAUCACAGGAAGCAGUCCCCGGGGGUGAAUACAGAAUUUUUCAAGCAGAUCCUGGAACUUGGCAAAAUUCUCUUCCCGAAACUCGUGUCCAGAGAGCUCGGCUUGCUCUCCGUGCACUCGGUGGCACUGAUAUCCCGGACGUUCCUGUCGAUUUACGUCGCGAGUUUGGACGGCAAAAUUGUGAAAACCAUCGUGGAGAAGAAACCCAGGAGCUUCAUCAUCCAGUUGAUGAAAUGGCUCCUCAUCGCCAUCCCGGCCACCUUCGUCAACAGCGCGAUCCGCUACCUCGAGUGCAAGCUGGCGCUGGCCUUCCGUACGCGGCUGGUGGACCACGCAUACCGGACGUACUUCACCGACCAGACCUACUAUAAGGUCAGCAAUAUGGACGGGAGGCUCGCCAACCCGGACCAGUCGCUCACCGAGGACGUUAUGAUGUUCUCCCAGUCCGUGGCGCAUCUGUACUCGAACCUCACCAAGCCCAUCCUGGAUGUCAUGCUCACCUCCUACACAUUGAUCCAGACGGCCCAGUCUAGAGGAGCCAACGCCUCCGGACCGACCCUCCUGGCCGGGCUGGUGGUGUUCGCCACCGCCAAGGUCCUGCGGGCCUGCUCGCCAAAAUUUGGCAAGCUGGUGGCCGAGGAGGCCCACAGGAAAGGCUAUCUGCGUUAUGUGCACUCGAGGAUCAUCGCUAAUGCGGAAGAAAUAGCCUUCUACCGGGGACACAAGGUGGAGAUGCGUCAGCUGCAGAAGUGCUACCGGACCCUGGCGGACCAGAUGAACCUGAUUCUGUCCAAGCGUCUGUGGUACAUUAUGAUCGAGCAGUUCCUCAUGAAGUAUGUGUGGAGUGGCAGUGGACUCGUCAUGGUGGCCGUGCCCAUCAUCACAGCCACCGGCUUUGCUGACAACGCAGACGGUCAGCCCCAGGUGAUGGUGAGUGAGAGGACAGAGGCUUUCACCACAGCCAGGAACCUUCUGGCCUCAGGGGCUGAUGCCAUCGAAAGGAUCAUGUGCUCAUACAAAGAGGUCACAGAGUUGGCAGGUUACACGGCGCGUGUCCACAACAUGUUCCUGGUGUUCGGGGAGGUCCAGAGGGGCAUUUACAAACGCUCCUCCCUGACGGCCACAACCGGAGGAGAGCAGAAGGUCAAGCCAGAGAUGCACAUAGAAGGACCGCUUGAGAUCAGAGGUAAAGUGAUUGAUGUGGACAAGGGGAUUGUGUGUGAGAAUGUCCCCAUUAUCACACCCAAUGGAGAUGUGGUGGUGACCAGCUUGAACUUCAAGGUAGAGGAGGGUAUGCACUUGUUGAUCACGGGGCCUAACGGCUGUGGGAAGAGCUCUCUGUUCAGGAUCCUCAGUGGCCUGUGGCCCGUCUAUGGAGGGCUGCUCCACAAGCCCUCUCCUCAACACAUGUUCUACAUUCCUCAGAGGCCCUACAUGUCCAUCGGUUCGUUGCGGGACCAGGUGAUCUACCCAGACUCAGUGGAGGACAUGUCUGCAAGGGGCCUGACCGACAAGGACUUGGAGGCCAUCUUGGACAUAGUCAACCUCAACCACAUCGUCACCAGGGAAGGAGGCUGGGAUGCUGAGCUGGACUGGAAAGAUGUGCUGUCGGGUGGGGAGAAGCAGAGGAUGGGCAUGGCCCGCAUGUUCUACCACAAGCCCAAAUAUGCUCUGCUGGAUGAGUGCACCAGUGCCGUGAGCAUCGAUGUGGAGGGAAAAAUCUUUCAGGCUGCCAAGGAUGCUGGGAUCUCUCUGCUCUCCAUUACACACAGACCCUCCCUCUGGAAGUACCACACCCAUCUGCUGCAGUUUGAUGGGGAGGGGGGCUGGCGCUUCGAGCAGCUGGACACGGCCACACGCCUCUCGUUGACCGAGGAGAAACAGCGCCUGGAGAGCCAGCUGGCCGGCAUCCCCAAAAUGCAGCACCGCCUCAACGAACUCUGCAAGAUCCUGGGAGAGGACUCGGUUCUCAAAACAGUUGAGGAGUGAGCGAAGGGACACAGAGAGGAGAGGAGGAGAAAGCCCAGAGUGGGGAGGGGGGCUGCUGGAUGGAGAGAGAGGCAGGGAGAGAAAGAGACAUCGGUGG